AUGUUCGGAGGAGGCUUCGGCCCCAUUCCGGCGAUGAUGAUGCGAGGUAUGGGCGGUUACGGCAUGCCCGGCAUGGGCUACGGCGGCUACGGCCGCGGAUACGGGAGGGGCCGCAGGGGAGGCGGCAUGACGAACCCCUGGUUCUUGAUGUUAGCUAUGCAGCUUUGGCAGCAGAUCGAGCGCCUCCCCGUGAAGCCCCCGGUCACGUUGGCCGUCAUGGGCGCCUCCGCAGCUCUCCACUUCGGAUUCCUAAACCUUCCCAUGGGCACAUCCGCGGCUGAGAUGUGCCUGAGCGCGGGGGCGAUCGUCGAAGCUGGACAAUUUUAUCGGAUCCUCACCUCCUUCCUAUCCUACGGAGACGAGAUGCACCUCAUAUACAACCUGUCGUCGUUCCUGUGGAAGGGCGCGAACCUCGAGAUCAAGAUGGGCAGCGAAAAGUUCACCAAACUCCUCAUCGGGCUCCUCGUCUGCACCAACGCGAUGGCGGUUGGUGUCAUGUACGCGAUGGCCGCCUACUUGGGAAUGCCCGAGGCGUAUCGCAACUCCUGCGUCAUGGGCAACAACGGAGUCAACUUCGCGCUCAAGACGAUCCUCUUCGCCGACGAGGCGUCGAACACGUCCAUGCUGGGAAUCACGAUGCCGAGUAAGUGGGCGUCGUGGGCGGAGCUCGGGUUGAUGUACCUGAUGUACCCCCACACCGCCGGCCUCGUCGUGCACGUCUGCGGCAUCCUCGUCGGCUUGGCGUACCUUCGCAGGCGGACGAUCCUGCGAACGCUCGGUCUGGAGAACUGGCUCUCCUCCGGCGUCGGCGCGGGUGGUGCCGGCGGAGUGGGCGGUGGCGGCGGAGGUAACUACGCCAGGAACGAACGAGGCGCGGGAGCCGCGGAGGACAGAGCCCGAGCCGAGGCUAACCGAGGCUCGCCGGGCGGCGGAGGCGGCGGGUUCUUCCGCCGAAGGACCAACGCCGGCGCGAAUCUCGAGCCCGGCACGAGGGUCGCCCUCGCCGGGCUCAACGCGGCGUCCAUGAACGGCAAACGGGGCGUGGUUCGCGGCAGGGACGAGAACAACGGCGCGAGGGUGACCGUGGUUCUGGACGGCGGUCAGACGUUUUCGGUGAAGCCCGAAAACUGCGUCGUCGUUCGAUGA